AUGUCGGCAACAGCCUAUGAAUUCUACGUGCGCGACAGUUGCGGAGCAACGGAUCUAAGCACCUGGUCGGGCCCCUAUGCCUUUAACACAACUCUAUGCGACACUUCCGCUCAGUGUUCAUUUGAUUUUGACCUUUACGACUCAUUUGGAGACGGCUGGAACGGUGGAUUGAUAAAUGUGGUGCAAAGCGGAGUAACGCUGUCAACACUUGGCACCAACUUUACCGGUGGUUCAGCCGAUACCAACAACAUGAUAGACUUGUGUGACGGUGUUCCGGCCUACCUCAUUGUGAGUAACCCCGGGGCAUGGUCAAGCGAAAUUAGCUUCUACGCUACUUCGUUUGCAGGCGAUACCGUGGUGGCUUACCCGGCAUCAACCGGAUUUUCAACGGGCGAUACGCUGGCCAUUUUCAACGUAAACUGUUCUUUUUCUUGCCCUUACCCCCUUGCCCCGUACACGCAAUCGUUUGAUUCGGCCUCUGUACCAAAUUGCUGGUCGGCUUACGAGAGCGCAGGUUCUGGCUGGGAGUUUGGCCAAUUGGGUUCAGCCGAUUACGCUGCGGCCAACGCUGCUGAACAAACCGGAAACGGUGGCUAUUACGCCUGGAUUGACUUUUCUUCAACCGAUGAUUCUACUUCUCUAGAAUCGAUUCCGGUAGAUGUUAGCAACUUAAUGACCCCCGCAUUGCAGUUUAGCCUCUUCAGCGAAAACACCAAUAGCAGCGAUUACAACACGCUAUACGUAGAGGCAUUUGACGGAAGCAGCUGGCAACUGGUAGAUACCCUGCGCGGAGACCUGGGCGGCUGGCAAACCUUUGUCUACGAUAUCUCGGGCUUCACUAAGCCGGUAAACCUGGCUCAUGUUCGCUUCCGCGGAGAGUCGAACGGAGGAAACGACUUUUACAACGACCUCCUUAUUGAUGACGUAAUGAUUAUGGAGCUGCCGAGUUGUUUUGCCCCUAGCGCUCUUGGCGUUGUUGGUGUAAACAAUACUUCGGCCGAUGUUUUCUGGACCACAGGAGGCGCAGCCAACUGGGAUGUUCAGUUCGGAACCACUGGUUUUUCACUGGGCAGCGGAACCACAGUUAGU